AUGGACUCACUCACAUUUGCCACAUUGCACACGGCUUAUGCUGAUGAAUGGAUGUCCAUCGCAUUCUUGCCAAGUGUUAAACAGACGUUCAAUGUGGAGAAUAACUUUUAUGACUUGUCAACAUUAGAGUUGGAUUUGAAAAAGGACUCAAUCCAUCAUCUACCAAUAGCCGAGGCAAUAUUGACAAUUGAUCGCCAGUUCCAAUCGAUGAAGUGUGCAUUGGAGCGUGCUUUGGCCGAUACCACCAGCUCCGAACAGGAUCGUCGCGCACUCAUCGAGACACACAUCAGCUCAUUCACCUCAUUCAUUGAUAAUGAGAUUGCGCUCCUGGAGAAGGCCAUUACGGACAUUGGUGGCAAACCGCCACAUAAACAACAGUUGGAGACAUGUCGUAUUACAAUGGCAAGGUAUAAUCCCAAGUCGUUGGAUGGAGCAUUGGCCGCCUACAUGGGACCCAUAGCACUGCUCUGGAAGGAGUUCAACAAUGUAUUGGCCAAGUACGACAUGGCCGAGCGUGACUUUUACUAUCAAUCAACAAUCUCCAACUUGGCAUACAGCGUAGUAGAGUGGAGGAUCAUAAUGGCAAACUCUCAAAAGAUAAUCAACGAGGACAGGAAGGUGAAGCGCGUCAACAUCUACGACCAGUUGCUCAAUACUUAUAUAUCAUCGCCAGUUAAGAUCAGGAACAAGGAGAGUCAGCCUGGGGCAGAGGACUCGGCUGGGUCACCAAUGGCGUUCACGCCACCAAGGGCAGAGAGUCCAUUACCUGACGAAUCGACGUCCGACACCGAGUCUACAACAACACAAACAACUACUACUACAUCAACAUCAGCGCAACAACAAACACCUCAACUACCAACUGUACAAACUACAUCACCUCCUGUAACAACAUCAACAUCACCUCUUUCAACAAGUCCUCCUCAACCUCCCAUAUCAACCCUCUCAGCCUCACUCAAUCUCGUGUCCUCAGGCCAAUCACUCAUUCAAUCAGCCUUUCAUCUUCAACCAAACUCAUUGCCAACUCAAUCACUUCUCCAACAUCCAACAAUCUUGGUAGGUUCCCCUACACAAAGAGGAGCAGGUCAACAACAGAUAGCACCUGAUCGUGUGGUCUCGGUUGGAUGGCAAAAGGCAACUCCAAAGAAUGCAGGUGGCGGACAACCUAUUACAGGAUCACUAAGCAAUAGUGAUGGACUUCAACUGUCAACAUCAACAACAGCAGCCAACAUAUGUCAGAGUCCACGAACAGCUGCUACCAACUUGUUACUCGAGACCAUCACAAGAGGAUCGACCAAUAGUGCCGUAUCCAAACAAGGUUGGAUGCGCAAACGUGGCAACAACAUCAAGACAUGGAAGAGGCGUUACUUCAUCCUGGAUACAAGGAAGCAUAUGUUAUUCUAUUAUCAUGUCUCUCCUCAACAUGCCAACAACACAAGCACUACUGCCGUCAUCAACAAUCUCUCAACUCAACCAACAAUGUUUGAACUUGAUGACAUUGAUGCGGCUUCCCCAAACAUUGUCGAUGGUGCAGCAUCCAACGCCAACUACAACACCAACAACCCAUCAAUGGAUCAACUUAAGUAUAAGGGCGUGAUUGAUCUGCAUCGCGUUGCCCUUGUAGCUCCAAAGUCCAGCGUCGCCAACGACAACAAGAAUGCAGGAUUACCAUCAUCCCCAUCCAAAGAUGUGCCGAAUGCUGUUGCAGACCAAGGAAGCUUCAACGUCGUCAUUCAUACACCAAAACGAGUGUGGCAUCUAUGUUGCGAGUCAGCCAAGUCCAUGGAAGAGUGGCUAGUGGCCCUACGAAGCGCAAGUUUGAUUGAUUGA